AAUUGCACUUGAAGACAAAGAGGAUAGCGGGCGCCUUCAGUAAGCAACAGCAUGACGAAAAGACAAGGCUAUCCCUGUUCGGGGCAGAGGCGCAGCGCUCUCUAAACUUGAACGUUUUGGUUCCACCGCUUCAAAGUUCAGAUGAGAUGAGAUGAGAUGAGAUGAGACGAAUUAUGGGCACACAGUGACCAACCCAUAAGGCACAAGCAAGAAAUCUCUUCCCCUCCUUUGCUUCUUUAGAAAAUUAUCAACAACGCUGGUUUACAGGUUGUGCUUAGUUUGAAACUCCCAUAAUGCAUAAUGUUACUGAAGAUGAUGAUGAUGAUUCAGUCACCAAGCCCCUUGGAAGGUGUUCUGUCAUGUAUUAUGGCGUGGGCCACAUGCUCAAUGAUAUUACUGCUUCCUGCUGGUUUACAUACCUCUUGUUAUUCUUGACAGAUAUUGGACUAUCCCCCAGGGAUGCUGCCACUGUAAUGUUAUCUGGUCAAAUAGCUGAUGGAUUUGCAACCAUAUCUGCUGGCGAACUGAUAGACAGAUUUGGACAUUUCAAAUUGUGGCAUGGUGCAGGCUCUGUGUUGGUUGCUGUUUCAUUUUCUUCCGUGUUUGGUGGUUGCAUACCAUGUAAAAUUUUCGGUACCUCUUCACCAGCAUUACGAACUGUUGGUUACAGCAUUUUUGCUGCUAUCUUCAAUGUGGGUUGGGCAGCUACCCAGGUUUCACACAUGUCCAUGCUGAAUUGUAUUACGUUGAACUCAACAAGCAGAGUGGUGCUCGCUAGCUGUCGGAAUGCUUUUACUAUGGUUGCCAACCUCGGCUUGUAUGCGGUCGCUUUUAUAAUCUUUGGUGUCACGAUAGCAAGAACACAUGCCGAUAUUGAAAAUCAGUACCGCUGGAUUGCAUAUUUGUCAAUCUUCAUAGGAUGCUGCUUUGUCGGUAUCUUUCAAUUCGGCACCAAAGAGCCAAGAUUAAAGGUAGGCGUACAAGGAAGUAAUUCUUCAAGGAUUGCAUGGACGUACUGGUUCAAGAGAGUGCUAUAUUAUCAGGUUGCUCUUGUUUAUGUGCUUACCAGACUAGUGGUUAAUGUUUCACAGGCAUAUCUUGCAUUCUAUGUUAUAGAUGAUCUGCAGAUGGCACAAUCGGCAAAAGCUCUGGUUCCUGCAAUCAUCUACAUAAGUAGCUUCCUCGUAUCUGUGAUAUUGCAGGAGAUACAAUGGACUGGACGAUUCUUGAAGGCCUACUACUCAGCUGGAGCUAUUAUUUGGAUAUUUUGUGGCGCAGGGAUCCUGCUUUUACCUAGAAGCAUGAGUGCUUUCAUGUAUAUUAUAUCUAUAUUUAUUGGCAUAGCAAAUGCUUUAAUGAUGGUGACCGGAGUAAGCAUGCAAAGUGUUUUAAUUGAUACAGAUCUCAAUGGCUGUGCAUUUGUUUGUGGAUCGUUCAGCUUCUUGGACAAAAUCUCAUGUGGGGUUGCUUUGUUCGUUCUUCAGUCGUAUCAAAGUGAUUCAGUCAUACAGAAUAGCCAUUCUAAUCUUGUCCACAUAUCAGUUACAAGAUUCGGGUUGGGUCUUGUUCCGGCAUUUUGUGCACUUGUAUCUGUGGCAGUUACAUACACUAUGAAACUCCAACCUGCUCGCUGCAAACCUCUAAUGGAGCCUCUAUUGAUAUAGAUCAUACCAAAUUUAUAGAUCAUAUCAAAUUGACGCAAAGUUCCUUGAUACGUGUUGGAGAUGGCAAUUGUUGUUUCAUGCACAUUUUGGGAAAAAGCUUGGAAGACAUCUGAUAAUGGUUUUACGAAAAGAUCCUGUAAGCUAUUUGUCAUUUCACUAAUGGCAUGAUAUUUUUUACGCCUAUUUUCUUGUCGUUUUUAAUCUUUUGUGGAAGGCAUUAGUCGCAUAACUAUAGGGUUAUGGUCUGUGUAUAAU